GUAAAAUCAAAUGGGCUGGACUACACGAAAGUAAAGUGAAAAAUAAGUAGUCUACAGUAACUCACAGAACACUUCUCUGCAAGCAGCAGAAGUUUCACAUAGUUAUAGAUGCCAGUGUAUGAUGGCUGUUGGUGCGAUUUCAUUCAUUAUCGUACUGUUGCUCGUCAUUCCAUCAGUCUCUUCUCCAGUGCUCUCAGCUACAGAUUCAUCCCUUUCCAUUGUUGAAGGGAGGUUUGGAGACUCUGUCACUCUCCCCUGUGAUGGCUCUGCACGCCAUCUCCCUGACGAUCAGCUGGACGUCCUGUGGAAGACUGACCAGAAGACAGUGGCUCACUACUCCGGUGGGAAACUUGUUGUGGACUCUCACUUCAGUGGUAGAGUUACGUUUCCCACAGAGAGGAUUCUGCGUCGAGACUUCUCCAUUGAUAUCAGCUCCGUUAAGUCCAGCGAUGAGGGCAAAUACGAGUGCGUGGUCAAGAAUGAGCAUUAUCUCAAGGAUGUGCAACUCAAAGUUUUACCACCCCUCUUUUCUAGGUCUCUCUCUGUUGCUGUUAACGACUUGGUGACUUUGCCCUGCUAUGGUGGUGUUCACAAAUAUGAGCCUGACAAACUCUUUGUUCAGUGGGAAAGAGGAGGUGACCUGGUGCUGAAGUUCAGCUCAAAGGAGCUCAUCUGUGGCCCAAAGUACGAGGGAAGGGUCUCUGUGUCUCCUGACUGGAGAGAUGGCAACUUCUCUUUGUCCUUGAGUGUUACGGGUCUGCGUGACUCAGGAGUUUAUCAGUGCUCCAGCGACCAGAAGCACAAUGUAGCUUCAGUCGUUCUGGAAGUCAACAUAAUACAUUCAGAUAAUAACAAAUUAUAUUUUCUCAUCUUUAUUCCCAUAUGUAUUUUGAUUUUAGUAGUAUACGUAGGAAUUGCAAAGAAACAAAAAAUUCACCAUGUGAAGAACAAAAUAUUUUCCCAAUGCCGCUGGCCGAGGAACCAAAGCCACUCACAAGAGCAAGAGAAUAACCAAGAAUGAACUGACUUGCAUCACAAAUCCAGGAUUUUGUCAAUACAAAAUUCAAAAUUCAAAAACCGACAAUCCGAUUAAAAUUUUGAGAAAUCUGCCAAAAAUCAAAACGCUCUUCUCAAACCAAGAUACAGUCAUAGAUUACCUGUAGAAGUAUAAAGGAACCCUUGUGUGUGUCUAAGCCCCGCCCCUUGUACUGCUGCUUAGGUGCUGUCACCUACAUCUCCUCUUCACAUCUGACGCAACUUAAAGGGACACCUCCUGCCUUUAUGAAAAUGGAGGACCUGCUAUUUCAUGUGCCAGCCUUAAAUCCAAAGUGUGAAAAUACUUCAGAUUCUGCACCAAAAAACCGUUUAGUACAUGUAGUGGAGGCAGAAAAACUAGGGGCUUUCAAGACCGGGCUUGAUACGGUGUUAGAUUCAAUUUAGCUUUUAGGCAAACUAUGCAGUAAGUGCGCUUAGGGGUAGGAAAAAACAAGCAUUGCUGGGCUGAAUGGCCUGUUCUUGCCAUGCCCUUAUGUUAUUUUAUGUUAAGUCAUGUUAUGGGGUGACAUUGGCUCAGGCGGUAAGAGCAGUUGUCUGGCAGUCGGAGGGUUGCUACCCUGGGUGUGUUGAAGUGUCCCUGAGCAAUACACCUAACCCCUAAAUGCUCCUGAAGAGCUGGUUGGUGCCUUGCAUGGCAGCUAAUCGCCGUAGGUGUGUGAAUGUGGGUAUGAAUGGGUGAAUGAGAACCAUUGAUUGUACAGCACUUUGGAUAAAGGCGCAAUGUAAAUGCCAAUCAUGUACCAUUUCGCAUGUUAUGCUAUAAUAUGGACGGUACAUUCAACCUUAGUACAUGUUUACAAAGCAGUUAGCUUUAGUGUAGCGGCUGAGGUACUUGAAUGGGACCUGGAAGGUUAGUGUUUCAAGCCCUGUUGUAGCCACGAUAACACCAGCACAGCUGUCUGGCCCUUGAGUAAGGCCCUUAACCCCUGCUUUGCUAUUAGUCUAAUCAACUGUAAGUCACUAUGGAUAAAAGCAUCAACUAAAUAACUAAUGUAUUUUCAAAGAUCACUCGCCCACAAUUCUCUAUAACUCUACAAUAGCAAGAAGGUUUUGGGAUCAAAUCCCAGUCGGGGCCUUCCUGUGUGGAGUUUGCAUGCAUCCCUUUUCUGUGUGUGUUUCCUCCUGGUACUCUGGUUUCCCCCACAGUCCAACAUGCAGGAUGGGUUCAUUGGAGAGUCUAAAUUGCCCCGAGGUAUGAGUGAUGUGUGAGUGAAUAUAGUGAGCACCCUGAGAUGGAUUGGCGACCUGUCCAGAGUGUAUUCCUGCCACUCUCCCAGAGAGGAAACGCGCCCGUAAAACAUUGCUGAAAAAGCCAGUUUCAGACAGAUGAUAGCAAUUAGCUAUCCUGAAACCCAGGAACUUCGUCAUCGGAACUAUCCCUCGAGGUUGAGGAUGACGGUCGUUCCAGUAGACAGCACUUCAGUGACUUCAAAGUUAUGGAGUCUUUAUCUGGUGCGGAGUUACUAGCCUUAACUCCAGACAGCUGGGCGACUUGUUCACCCGAAUUGUUUAUCACAAUAUUUGUGUAUUAAAAGUCACGUGAAAGAGACGAGAGUAUUUAACGAGACACACACAGGGAAGAACAUUGGUGCUUUGUUGCAAGAUUUCUGUGUUGAUAUCAUAGUCUGGAGAAAAACAUGGACCAAGUGCCUGUAUGGACCAAAAUAUGUACCAAGUGCCUGUAUGAACCAAAAUAUGGACCAAGUGCCAUCACCCACUGACUAACCAUGGCCUUCUGAAAAGUGCAGCUUCUCCACGGCAUCUCCAUUACUGGAAAAACGAGGCUUGUCAUCAUUGGAGGCAAUCUCAAUGCAGAGAGAUCUCGGGAUGAGAUUCUGCAACCAGUGGCAAUCCCAUAUCUCCACAGUCUGGGACCGAACUCCAUCCUCCAAGAUGACAACGCUCGCCCCCACAGAGCGGGGUUUAUCAGACUACCUCCAGAAUUUUGGAGUAGAGAGAAUGGAAUGGCCUGCCAACAGUCCUGACCUCAACCCAAUCGAACACUUGUGGGAUCAGCUGGGGCGUGCUGUUCGUGCUAGAGUGACCAACACAACCACAUUGGCUGACUUGCGACAAAUCCUGGUUGAGGAGUGGAAUGCCAUCCCACAGCAGUGUGGGACCAGGCUGGUGACCAGCAUGAGGAGGAGGUGCCAGGCUGUUGUGGCUGUGUAUGGUUCUUCCACACGCUACUGAGG